AACCAACAGCUGAGUUUAUGGCACAGACUGUUUACAAUUUACAAAGCGAACAUAGAGAUAGCACACCUAAAUGUGUAUUCAAUAUUAAUAAUAAUAGGUUUACUCACCGGCAUUAACACAGUCGCUUAACGGAACUCGUGAGAAGCGCCAGCUAGUUAACUUGAACAAAAACGCUCUAUUACUAAUUGUUUAAGUUGUCUGUAUAGACGCUAGCAAAAAACAACUCCGGCAAAUUGCUUGUGAAAUUUUCCACGCAUACAUAAAUGAUCAUUCACUACGUGCGUGCGUGUUUACGUGUAUGUUGUUAAACGCUUCUUGGCCAACACACUUGUUAACCAUUCAUAAUUCUCGCUUACAAACGUAAACAUAUAGCGAACAUUCCAGAACUAGAAAAAUGUCCCUUCGUCGCCGAUACGCUCAAGGUAGUUCAGCGCAUUAUACACAACAACCAAUGGAACCCUUUUGUGAUUGUGAGUUUCCAGACAGUGUACUGCUCUCCACCCACAAAGGAUAUAUACCGGAUUUAAUAAAAUGUCGUUGUGGCGAACCUACAGAAAAUACAGAAAAAAAUGAAAUGACAGAAAGUGAAAAUGUGAAAGGAUCUGAAAAUAUGGUUUGUCAACCCAGUGGAGUAAAAUGGAGUUGGCAGCCGGAUGAGGCCAGUGACACAUUAAUAUCUGGCCCUGACAUUGUCUUUCAUCCCACUUAUAGUCAGGGUACGGGAAUCGUGCGCAGUGAACUGCCGCUGAAAGCUGGUAUGGUGCAUUAUUGGGAGAUGCGCGUCCUAACGCCACUGGCGGGUACCGAUGUGAUGUUCGGUAUUGGCACCGACAAAGUUGCACUCCAUCAAUUCCAGUACCAUUUCGUUUCGGCGCUCGGCACCAAUGCUGAAUCGUGGGGCCUCUCAUACUGUGGCAAAAUUCAACAUAAUGGCGUACGGAAAUCCUAUGGUCAGAGGUUCUCUCAGGGUUGUAUUGUAGGCAUCUGUUUGGAUAGGUCGCACGGCACUUUGGAGUUUUACCUUAAUCGUCGUUCACUUGGUGUGGCCUAUCGGAAUAUUCCAUGCAGUUCACGAGUGAAACUCUAUGCAAUGGUCUGCUCGACGGCCGCUAGAUCGUCUGUACGUUUAAUCAACUCUACGUCACAAAUGGAUUGUCUGCAAUUGCGCGCUUUUAAAUUGCUUUCGAAGCGGCCAAAAGAUCUACAACUGCUACGUGAGAUGCCCGGUUUUCGUCGUUUAUUUCGUGACUAUUGGUUCCACGUAAUGCCGGUGCGUUAUUCGCGUCAAACCGCCGCCACUCAAUUGGAUAUAGCCGAUGAGGCGGUGAUGCCAAGGAUUAGGGCGCGACAGGCGCGAAAGCAGAAAUACGUAGAUGAUGACUCUGACACAGACGAUCUCUAUUCAAAUGCCCACAAGAUAGCGAUCCGUUUUUUUACACCCGAGGAGGAAAAUGAUUCGCAUCCACUAGAAGGUUUCGAUGAAUAUUUUCAUUUUCUCACUAAGAACUCAGCUUAAGUAGACUUAAUGGCAAAAAGAACACAGUUAGCUAAUUUAAAGAACAAAACAAAGAAGUUAUGCGAAUAGCAGUGGCAAUGUUAUUGCACUUGAGUGCCUCUAGUGCUCAUAUGUAUUGUACUAUAUCAUAGGCAUAUCUACAUAUAUAUACAAACAUACAUUUGUAUGUACAUAUGUAUGUGAUUAGAAAUUUGUUAUUGCGCAAGAAGUUUAUUGUACUUAGCAUCAGAAUUUUCCAUUGCCAUAUCAGUCACUAAAUUUACAAAACGUAACUACCAAAUCCGUGGCAUUUAUUUAUUUACUUUAAUAAUUCACGACUGUUAACUACAAAUGUUUAUAACUGUAUUUUCCUGUCUUUUUACGACUUAAUAUUUUCUACGCUUCACAUUGAGUCGCAUAAAUAAUUUUUUGUCGUUUUAAUUUUUUUUUUGUUUUUUUUUUUUUUUUGUAUUCGAUUGGUGUUAUAGCAAAUAAGAGUUAGUGGAAACAGUUGCGAAAUAUUAAAAUAGAGAUCUUAGAUCUUAGAUAUGUGUGUGUAUAUAUAUGCAUAUAUACAUGUAAUUGUACACUUGCAUAAAGGAUUAGGGGUAGUCAGAGGCCUGAAAAAAUGAUGAUUUUCAAUAAUUUUUUUUGCUAGUCAAUUACUUUAUUUUACAAAAAUAAAAACAAAGCAUUAAUGCAUCAUGUUUCGACUUGACUUUAACAAAAUUUCAAGAAAAAAGAUUAAAAAAAUAAUAAUUAUAAAAGUUAUCGCUGUUUGUGUGGAGCCCGUUUCUCCAGAAGUCUCUUGCGGUGAUCAUCACAAGUCCUUGGAGAUUCAUCUAAACUCAAUCGGACAAGAGAAAUUAGUUUUUAUAAUAGAUAAUCUUGUGCCUGAUCGAAGCUUUUUUUCAAAAUUAACAAUAUGGCCGGCUUAAAAAAUAUUUUUCAGAUUUUCGAGAAAAAAACUGACAAUUAAAUGUUUAAAAAAAAAAUCGAAAUUAAAAAAAAAAUUCUUCUUUUUUAUGUUUUUCAAAAGCAGUAUAAAUUGUUUUGAAAUCUACCAAGCGGUUUUUAAGUUUCAGUGAUCACCAGUUCAAAAAACAUGUUUUUGAGAAAAACGCAUUUAAUGUUUCGCUAUCAAUUGCCGAUUUGCCCGAGCGCCCUUUGUUAAUUGUUGAAUAACUCGAAAAGUAUUUGUCAGACUCACUUCAUAUUUUCUCACAAUAUUUUUAAGAUAUUAUAUUUUAAGAAAAUGCAAAAAAAAAUCAAAUUUUUUUAAAAUUCUGACUACCCCUAACCCCAUAAGUAGAUAUGUGAAUUGUUUACCGUUAUAGCGUUAAUUACUUAUUAGUGUUAUGCCGUUUUGAAAUAUAUUGUACAAAUUUCAAAACUUACAUAAAUAACUCUAUUAUGAGUUGAAAUCAUUGAUUGUGUUCAAUUAAAAUUGAUUUUUCAUUUGGCUAUCACAUUUUAAUUAAGCUCUUUUUUAUUAUAACGAUCUUUCAUAUUAACUACAUUUUCAAAGAUUUUUUAUACAUUGUACUAGAAAAGCAAGCGCAACAAAAAUCAAUAAAAAAAUUUUCAUCUUUUACUAAAUGUCAGAAAUUUGUUUCAACUUUACACAGGCAAAUAAUAGGAAAUCAAAUAAAAAAAAAAAUUUUUUUUCAGCAACAUUUUCGUGUAUUCACCCACCCGCCUUAUUUUACAGUGCAUUAUAUCGUUCUAAAUUGUAUUUAUAAGCAGUAAACUAAAUAAAAACAGCAGUUAGUUUUGUACACUUCAUUUUUUAUACUCCCAUAUCCGAGAACAGCUUUGAAGUAGCGGAAUUUUAAUAAUAAAUUGAAAUAUGACGUAAAAUAAACAAAUAAAAAAUAAAAAUAAAAACUGUAUACGUACGCGUGUACAUACAUACAUAUAUAAAAAUCACUUCUUAUGUACAGCUGCAUAGUUAAAUAAUUUCUUGUGUACAGCUGCAGUCGAUUUAUGCAAUAUUUACAAAGGAAACUCUAAACCAGGGUGUAGAAAAUUCGAUCGCCAAUAAAUGCUUGCGCAAAUGAGCUUUCGCGAAAAAGCUGCCUUCGCGUUCGUUGGCAAACGAACAACGAUCGCACAAAAGUAGUUGCGUGCCCAAAAGUGCUGGUAUGAAAAAUGUUCGUAUGCGUUCGUUCGCCAACGUAAUUCAGUCUCGGUCGAACGCGUUUGUUCGCCAUUCCAACGGUGGUAUGCGUUUGCUUUGCCAAUAUGCAAAACACCACUAGGCAAAAUACGAAAUAUGUUUCUAUUUGUCCAGAGAGAUAGACCGUGGCGUUAAUCGGGAUUUACCGCUUAGUUCCGAAUUAUCUCAGGAAUGAAGUGCAACUAAUCCGCAUCAAUUUGGUUAGGUUAGGUUAUGGUGGUAGUCGGCCUGCACGACCAACUCACUUAGACCUUACAGGUUCGUUGUGAUACCACUGUGCUACACGGGAACCUCAUUUAUCUUCUUUCGUGGAACCAUUUGUGGCUCUUGUGAAACGUAGGUUUGACGCCAACCCCACGCCAGAGAGUUCUGUAAGAGAAUUAAAAAAGUAUUUACCUAGACAACCUGCUCUGAUUUUAGCUAGAGCUGGACAAUUGCAAAAGAACUGCUCGACUGUUUCUUCCUCAUCUCUGCAACUUCUGCAAUAUUCAUGGGAGAAAACUCCUAGUCUCGAGAAAUGUCUGCCAAAUAGCCAAUGACCAGUUAUGCAAGCCACGACCUUCGAGAUAUUCUCCCUUGAGAGACUAAGCAUUUCCUUUGCCUUUUUCUUGUGUAUUUGCGGCCCCAGUAGUUUAAAACUGAUAUGCAUGUGACUUCAUCUCUUCAUGACCUAUUGGCUUAUUGGCUAAUGUUAUAUUUAAUUAUUAAUUUGCUCGUGGCCAUGGGUUUCCAAUGGUACUUUUAUCACUGAACAGUUGAAGAGCAUUGCCUUUUCUGGCUAGCUCAUCAGCUUUACAGUUUCCCUCAAUAUCUCUAUGUCCCGGACGCCAAAUAAGGCUGACCUUGAAUACGUCACUAAUAUCAUUUAGAGCUGCCCGGCAUUCCUGUGCAACCUUUGAUUUUAGUAAAGCCGCAUUCAUUGAUUUGAUGGCCGCCUGGCUAUCCGAGAAUAUAUUUAUAGUCGUUUUUGCUACGGCGUGCGUAUUUAGAUAUGUAACCAGUUCUUUUAUAGCUAGUACCUUUGCGUGAUAGACGUUGCAGUAGUCUGGUAGUCGAACGGAUAGUUCCAGUCCUAAUUCCUUCGAGAAAACUCCAUAGCCAACCUUAUCGUCUACCUUUCAAAGGUGAGUCUAGGGAUAGAGUAGUCUAUUUCUUGCUUGUGACUAUUCAAAGAGUGCAA